AUGGCCGGACCAUCUAUUCCGUCUUCUUUGUCUGUCUCUUUUGCGCCUACGUUUGGGAGUUUCGGAGACUUCGCGUCGCUCGUUGGACUCAUAGCGUAUACUUACAAGUUUGUCGAGGGGUGCUAUCAAGCAGAUAAGGAGAAGAAGAGGAUGCUCACGUACCUCGACGACGUCAAGAAGGUUCUGCACUUGGCAGAAAAGCAGGUUGCUGCCACAUUCUCAGUCGCGUCGCUCCCACCUGAUGUUGCCGACGCCAUACGGGGGCCGCUCAAAGCCUGCUCCGAUGCCAUCCGGCAGUUUCUCCUGAAGUUAACUACUAAGCAUCCCCCGAAGACCCGACUCGUCCGUGAAGUCAACGCGGUACUACGGCAGGCCAUGGACCCAGUUGUUUGGACGAUGUUCCAUCGGAAGGAGGCGAGCAGGCUGCGGAGAUCGAUCCAAGAGCAGAUUGACCUCGUACGCACAGUCAUGGAGUUGCAUAAUAUGAAACCUUCUUCGUCUACCGCCACGCGCGCCACACAAGUGAAGCCUGAGGCUUUUGUUGUCGAGAUGGGUAGGACGUCGUCGGGCAGUCCCGAGAGUAUCGGAAUUACGCUCAAUUUCCCCAUCGCCGGGCUGGGCCUCUUGCGGCGAAAACCCAGUCCCAAGCCUUUCGCAUCCACCUCGGUUACGCCACCCACGUCUCCUGAAGCACCACAGGAGAAACAUUCUGCGCCCCUGGCUAUUCAUGCGAUUCAAUCUUGUCUGUCCACGCCUAAAUCCUCCCUCGAUCUCUCUGAAUGGCCGCGACUCUCGCCCAUUCAGGGCGAGGAGGGACAGGCCGCAAUUGCGUACUGCUCUGGCACAGCCCAUGCAGCCACGAGCGGAACGCGGACAAACCGACCGUCGCUAUCCAGAUUAAUUCGGCUUCAGCAAAGUGGCUCCAACACGCCGUCCCCCGGGCCCAUCAUCGCUUCUCUUGCCACAAACAAGCGCAUCGCUUGA